CCUACACAGAACUUUUUCCUCGACGAACUUGUUCGCUGCCCGCCUCGCCACUGCGACCAGUUCUAAUCCCAAAUACCCCACACAACACCAUCGUGCCGUCUCGCAAAUACAUGCUCAAGAGGAGAAGCGCGCCCCACCUCACACUUCCCAAUAUCCUCUCCCACACGUCCUCGUAGGAACCCGGAAUCAUGGGCCAAACCCUCUCCGAGCCCGUCGUCGACAAGCAUUCGGAAAAUGGCCAAGGCGAGUCCCUCAUCUUCGGCGUGUCGUCGAUGCAGGGCUGGCGCAUCAGCAUGGAAGACGCACACGCUACCGUACUCGACCUCACAGCCGAAGACGGCAAGCCCACCCCCGCAGACAAGCGAUUAGCUUUCUUCGGUGUAUACGACGGCCACGGCGGUGACAAGGUAGCGAUAUACACGGGCGAGAAGCUUCAUCAAAUCGUCACAAAACAAGAGGCCUUCAAAGAGGGAGACCUCAAGAAGGCUCUGCAAGACGGGUUCCUGGCAACAGACAGGGCCAUCCUGAGCGAUCCAAAGUAUGAAGAGGAAGUCUCGGGAUGCACUGCCUCCGUCGGCAUCAUAUCAAAGGACAAGAUCUACGUGGCCAACGCGGGUGACUCGCGCUCCGUCCUAGGAGUCAAGGGCAGGGCAAAGCCGCUUUCAUUUGACCACAAGCCGCAGAACGAAGCUGAAAAGGCACGCAUUCAAGCCGCAGGUGGCUUUGUCGACUUUGGCCGUGUGAACGGCAACCUUGCCCUAUCGCGCGCGAUAGGCGACUUCGAGUUCAAGAAGAGCGCCGAUCUUCCUCCCGAGCAGCAAAUAGUCACCGCAUUCCCAGAUGUGGAAAUACACGACAUCAACCAGGACGACGAGUUCUUAGUCGUUGCCUGCGAUGGUAUCUGGGACUGCCAGUCGUCGCAAGCUGUCAUCGAAUUCGUUAGGCGCGGAAUUGUUGCGAAGCAGGACCUCUCUUCUAUUUGUGAGAACAUGAUGGACAACUGCCUGGCGUCGAACAGUGACACGGGAGGCGUUGGUUGCGACAACAUGACCAUGGUCAUUAUUGGUCUUCUGCAGGGACGGACAAAGGAUCAAUGGUACGAGGACAUUGCAAAGAGGGUUGCCAAUGGAGAGGGUCCAUGUGCGCCGCCAGAGUACGCGGAGUUCCGCGGCCCUGGCGUUCACCAUCGCAUUGACGAUAGUCCUGAUGACAUCGACAUGGAUCUUGACCACCGAUUCCGGCCAAACAGCGGACUCGGCGGUCGCGUCAUUCUUCUGGGUGACGGUACCGAGAUUUCGUCUGACGCGCACGAGGCCGACAUGUUCGACAAUGCUGAUGAAGACAAGGACCUCGAGUCGCAAGUCAACAAGUACAACAAGGAAGCCCAAGUGACCGAAUCCCCGUCCUCUGUACAGACUGAAAAGUCCGAUGCCCCUGAGCCAGCCUCAAAAGCGCCCCAGGCCGACAAGAAGCCCGAAGCGAGUAAAGCGCAGACAAGUGAGAAGUAGCUUGCCCUCCUUUGAUCUGGUCGCACCAUGCUUCGUCUACAACACCAGGCUUGGCGUUCGAGAAGCACGCGGUGCGAGUAAUGUCUUUCAUAUGAAGUUUGCAAGCAGUGGGUUUGUUGGUUUCCAUCAGCAGGAUCAAGCUAUGGGUGGUCAUGGAAACGAGCCUCAAGGAACGAUAGCGGGCAGCGUCACGAAAUGAUACCUGGCGUCGAAAUACACCGUCGCCCUCCUCCAUUACCUAUAUAUCUCUUUGUUCAC